AACCGCGUGACGCGGGUGGCAGGCGGGAGUUUGUUGUCCCAGUCGACUCGUGCGUGAGGGAAGAGUGAACAGCAAGUGAUCCGCGCGUCGGAACGUCGGACGGUGCGCCCGGCUCUUUGACAGCGGCGUCGAAAUGGCAGCGGUAUCGUUUCGGGCGAUAUUCGUCGUGAGGUGGUGCGAGAUGAGCCGCGUGCUGACUGCCACGUCUUACCUGACCACAACGAGGCGGUACCGAAAGGAAACAUGGUGCAGACGAUGGUGGCACAUCUCUCAGAGGAGCGUCUCCCUGUCGGCCAAUUCCUAUUCACCAAAGUUAAAUCCACUUCUGAUGAAGCAAUUAAAAGAGCCUAAAGCCACAGAAAGAGAAGUGAAGAAAACUGCAAGGGUUACGUCAGCGGAAAAAGUGAAGACCGAAAGCAUCGGUGAGUUAUCUACUUAUCUCAUUUAUUAAA